CACUGACUUUUACAAGAAUAUCAUCAUGGGCUUCUUGACCGGAAUUGUCGUGCUGAUGGCAGCUGUAACUUUGACUCUUGUGCGGGCCGAGGAUGGUGUUUGCUGCCCAUCUUAUUGGACUCAAUUCGAGAACAACUGCUACCGAUUCAUCGGCCCCAAGAAGACGUGGCCAAUGGCGGAAAUACACUGCAAUGAAUACUAUAUCAGCAAGGGAAAGGGACAUCUCGUCUCUAUACACACCGAAAAGGAGAACAACUUCGUACUUAAGUUAAGAGAAACCAGCAUCAGCUCAGAAACACAAAACAUGUGGUUGGGACUUCAAAAGUCCAACUUCGACGAGAAGAAGCAUGAUAGUAAGGAGAGUAUCCUAGUGCGAGACGUUUUCGACAAUGAGGCCAAAAAAGAGCAUCCACGGGUUACACCCACGAAGUGGACUUGGACUGACGGUUCACCAUUGGACUUCAGUAACUGGUACCAAGGUGAGCCAAAUGGCAGCGGUACAGUGGGGCAGAUUUGGUACAAGGAUAAGUGGUUGGCCCCUCGUUGGGAUGACACCGAGCCUGACUGGAAUCUUCCAUUUAUCUGCAAGAUGCCGGCAGCGCCAUAAUGUGGUAUUGGUAAAAAUCCGAGUUGACAUGGUUCCCCUCAUCAACCAAGCAUGAACCCUCCCAAACUAUACAUCAUCAGCCUGUUGACAAUAUCCUAUUACACAUGACUGGCUUCUCGUGUUCGAAAUCGCUCACUAUACGCCUUUGCAGACGGCUUGUAAGAAGGUCAUCCACCAGUGACUCUCUUGCUACAACAAAGGGAGUCAACUUCAGACUAAAAACAUUUCAUCAUUGUGGACGGCACGAACAACGUUUACGGUUCUGCUCAAUCUGUUGCCGAUUGUUCAAGUUAUUCAACACAAAAAGCUUCGGCUGUUGACUUAUUUUGGAUAUCCACCAUUGACAAUCUUGUUCGGACAACUUAGUUUCCAAAUUAUACAAUACUUAUAAAGUCACCUCUGAAAGUUUUAGCUGUUGGGCUCAUUUUUCGAGGCUAGGUCUUAGGGGUUCCCAAAAUGAUUACUGUUUUUGUUUUGUCUUUGUAGGCUUAGCCUACGUUAUACUGGCCAUAAUUUACUUUUUGCUUUGCGAUUUAUGCUGUAUGCAUUUAGUCUCCGUUUACUUUAUGAUAAAGGCACUGGACACCGUUGGUAACAUUUUCAUCCUCAUUUGUUGUAUUCCGGCUUGUGCAUAAAAUAACAAAAUCUGUGAAAAAAUGGGACGAUUUUUUGGUCAUCGAAGUUACAAGAGAGUGAACGAGAACAUCCUUGAUUUGUGUGCUUUCAGAUGCUUCAGAGGCCUAGCCUAGAGUCUUUGAAUAUUCUGAUUGGAAAAUGUAUCUAUUAUUUCCUCAAAAACUACUUCAGAGAGAGAGAGACAGACGUUUCUCAUUAUGUUUAAUACUAUCAACAAGUCUCCAAUGCUCGUUACCAAGUAAGUUUUUUAAUGCAAUGUCCAAUAGUGUCCAGUGCCUUUAAAAUGGAUAAUACAGGAUUGGUGCGUUAGCACCAUUGGUGAUGCCAUCACGCAAAAUGAGUCAUUUGUCGAUCAAGGUAUGUUCAUAUUUUGAGACAUCUUAAAAAAUUAGCACAAUACUUUAUGCUAAAAACCCAUGCAUGCGUAAACCACCUUGAUUCAAAAGUUGUGAAAGUAGAACUACACACCAAGAAAUGCAAGAGAGUAAAACUUAGAGAAGGAGAUUUCAAGUUGAGUUGUUUACGGAAAACACAUCGGCACGUUCUGUUUCAAUGCUAAAAUUGUAAUCCCUGUUGAUGUUAUAACCAUGAAGGAAAAUGCCAAUAAUAUCAAAUAAAAUAAUAUUGCUUAAAGAUCACUCCAGAAUGUUGGCCUGUUUUGGCUUGUUUCUACAUACUGAUGGUUUCUGUCAAACGACUAGCUUGAUCGCAUCACUUGUUUAAUUUUAGUCUUAAAGCUUCUUAUACAUACUGAUUGUAUGAAGUUCAUUUUGUGAAAUAAUAUUUUUUCUUAACAAAAAUGUAUAGCUUAAAACCUA